AUGUCGUGGUUUCUUGUGGAUUGGCUCUUCGACGUGCUGGCUUCCCUGGGGCUCUGGCAGAAGGAGGCCAAGAUCCUCUUCCUCGGCCUCGACAACUCCGGCAAGACCACCCUGCUGCACAUGCUCAAGGACGAGAGACUGAGCCAGCACGCGCCGACGCAGCACCCGACGUCGGAGGAGCUGAGCAUAGGGCGGAUCAACUUCAAGGCCUUCGACCUCGGCGGCCACCGGAUCGCGCGCCGCGUAUGGAAGGACUACUACGCCAAGGUCGACGCGGUGGUCUACAUGGUGGACGCCGCCGACGGCGACCGCUUCGCCGAGUCCAGGGCGGAGCUGGGCGCGCUCCUGUCCGACGACGCGCUGGCGGGCGUGCCUUUCCUCGUGCUGGGGAAUAAGAUCGACAUCCCGCAGGCGGCGCCCGAGCGCGAUCUGGCCUACUACCUCGGCCUGACCGGAUGCACCACCGGCAAGGGCGCCGUCGAUCUCGCCGGCACCGGCGUGCGGCCCGUCGAGGUCUUCAUGUGCAGCGUCGUCCGCAAGAUGGGAUAUGGCGAGGGGUUCAAGUGGAUGUCGCAGUACAUCAAGUAA